CGAACCGGUAUAUUACUUGUAAUAGUGAUUUAGAAAGUGUCCGUGAUAUAAUUCAGUUUAAUACGCAUCAUCAUUCUAAAUCGUGUCAAAAAGAAGUGCGGGGACACAAAGUUUGCAGGUAUGGUAUCCCAUUCCUGCCAAUGGAUAAAUCGGUAAUUCUAACGCCAAUAAAAAUUGACAAAACCAAGGAAGCGGAUUUACGUAAGGCCAUGUCUGAAAAGUUUUUGAUGAUAAUGCGUAGGCUUAAAGAUAAACCAGAUUUGUCAUUCGAAAACUUUUUGGCUGACCUUGGUAUGUCUAAGGAUGAGUAUCUUAAUGUUAUACAGCACAACAUAUUUAAAACCACUUUAUUUUUAGAAAGGCAGCCAAAAGAUGGAUUCAUUAAUAAUUUCAAUGCAGAGAUGUUCUCCAUGAUGAAGAGUAAUAUGGACAUUCAAUUAGUUUUUGAGCCAUAUGGUUGUUGCACCUACAUAGUCAACUAUAUCAAUAAGUCUCAAAGAGGUGUUUCUGAUAUUUUAAUGAAGACUAUGGAAGAAAUUAAAAAAGGUAGACGCUAAAUACAUGAUUUCAAUGAAUAUAGAUACCAGUGAUGGGAUAGUAAAUGGUGCAACAGGUAUCCUACGGCAAAUAGACUAUGACCAAAAUAAAGUUCCAUACAGAGUGUGGAUGGAGUUCUUUGAUUCCAAGUCAGGCAAGGAAUGCCGAAAGAGAAACGAGUCCCUUAGGAAGUCUAUGUAUUUAUCACCCACUUGGACACCCAUAGAAAGAGCUGCCAGAGCUGUUAAAGUUCAAAAAGGCAGCAAUGUUCACGUUGAGCGUCUUCAGUUUCCUCUUUUAAUCAGUGAAGGAAUUACAAUCCACAAAAGUCAAGGUGCCACCUAUGAACAAGUAGCUGUUCACAUUGGUAAGGGAAUGACGAGAACCAGUACCUAUGUUGCUUGUAGUCGGGCCACAAAGCUAAGUGGCCUCUACAUCAUUGGUAAGUUUAAGGCCCCUAAACCGGCAACCGAAAAGGAUGCUGCUUAUAAAGAACUGGUAAAUAUGCAAGAAAACAAGCUUUUAACAUCCAACUAUAACACUCAGUACCUUAAUGAUUCUAAUGUCAAAUACAUUAUUGCUUACCAAAAUGUGCAAAGUCUUCCAAAAAAUCUCAAUUUUAUAAAAAAUAAUCCCAUUUUUAAAGAUGCACAUUUCCUAAUUUUUGUUGAAACCUGGUUAUAUAAAAACAAAAAAAAUAUAAAAUUAAAUGAUUUUGAGGUGUUUGCCAACUUGAGUAACGAUCGACCUGUAAGUAAACCCUUUGGCAUAAUUUGUUUCAAGAAAAAAAAGGUAUCAGCAAAAAUAAAGUCAGUGAAAAAAUACACCAAAGAUUUCUCUGGUAUAGUUUUUCAAGCAAUCACAUUUUACUUGAAUGAAAUUUAUGUCAUAGCAGUUUAUAUUCCCCCAAAAUUGAGCAUUGUACAAGCUAAACUAUGUUUUGAAGACAUUAUUGAUCAACAAAGUGAUAUACUAAUCAUUGGUGAUUUUAAUCAAGAUAUUAUUAAUCAAAAUGAAAAUGGUUUAAAAAAUUAUUUAAUAUCUAAAAGUUUAAGUUGCAAAUUGAGUAUUGGCGAAUCAACUACAAAAUCAAAAACUCAAAUUGAUUGGCUUUUUAGUAAUUUUAAUAAUUUAAGUUACAAUAUUUAUAAUACUGUUUACAGUCACCAUAAAUCUCUAGUGGUUAGUAUUUAUAAUAAAGGUUUUAUUCCGAAGCAGCUAAAUCAGAACGUUGAUAACAAUAAACCAUUCACAAAAGAAUAA